ACUCCUUAGGUUACCUGUAUAGAGUUUAUAUUAGCAUGUUUUUAUUUACGUAUCUUUUAAAUUACAUGAAUUAGUAUCUUUUUAUAUUAUAUUUUUGUUCACAUCCGCACUCAUUCCAGCUUUGGCAUGCAAAUACACCGCAAACGGCUUCUCCACCACCGAAGAAAACCAAGGGAAAAAAAGAAAUGAUACCAGAUACGCUGUAUACGCUACAUGAAGUGCCAACCUUGCCGCAUUGAUAUAACCACUACCCAGAUCCAGAUUAGGUUAUGAGACGAGUCCCCUCAAGCUCAAGACUAUGUGUGUGCACUGACCUCGUUCCCGAGCCUCAGUGCAAUGGCCGUUUGACUUCACGUGUCCAUUCCAAGACUGCUGCCGUUGCGACUUGACCGUUGAAAGCUCUGGGUUCGGUCUAGCAACGUUGAUAGCAAACUAAUCUUUGGCCGCCGGGUUAAGUAAGGGAGGAUCGCUCGGGGCUUGUAUAUAUAUAUAUAUCUUUAUAUACCCAUACUUACGGUAUAUAUCAACACCAAGAAAAGGGAAGGAUAGAGAAAAGUUUGGUAGCUAUGGGCCAACCUAAAUUUUACCUCUUUGGAGGGUACAAGCUAUGGAACGAGCACGCCUGGUGUCCAUCCGACGACCAGGUCCGCGGUGGCAAGAGCCAUAGCCUCUUUGUAUGCUCUGCUGACUCGACCGUGGCCACAUUCAGUGGGGAAUUAGAUAUCACCGCCCUGGGAGGCGCCGGUUUUGCCUCGCAGCGGACCGUCGACCCCCAGUCUUGGGACCUUCUCGACUACCAGGGGCUGAGCGUCGGCGUAGCCAAGAGCGACGGGAAGAAGUAUACGCUUGUUCUUAAGGACGAUAUCCCAUCUCGUCGCGAGGAUGGCAGGGAGGAAAGCACCGUCAGCUGGGAGUACGACUUCGUGCCCGGUGAUGGGACAGAAGUGACGGCCUCCUGGGACGACUUCAAGCCCACGUAUCGAGGACAGCCGAAACCAGAUGCUGCCCCUUUGCGCUUGGAUCAUAUCAAACGGAUAAGUAUCAUGAUGCGAAGCUUUUUUGGCGAACAGGAGGGUCCCUUUAGGCUUGAUCUCAACUAUAUCGCAACUAUUAGAGCCGAGGCAAACCCGGAGGAGGAUUGAGGCACGACCCUCUACUUUAGAGUUUAAAUUACUGCGAGAGCGAAGAGCGAAGCCAACUGAGAGGCUGAUUUAGUGUACUGCUCACCUCAGAAGGUCUAGGUAGAUCUCGAGAUAAAAUAACGAUACAUGCUAACCUACCCG